UCGAUCAUCUACUAUGUCACUCGUUUGCCAGAUCUAGAAGCAAAGCUGGCUAACCUCGCUGACAUCCUGAAAUCUAAACCUUUUUCUCGAGCCAACUAUGUCGACUUGGACCCUAUUUUUUUAAAAUUGUUUGAUGAGGACUUUGAUGAAGAAGUAAACGGCAUCAGUCGGUCCCGCUUUUUGCGUGUUCAUCUACCUUGGAUCCAUUAUUGCCUUAGACAACGCCAGCGGCUCAUUGAUCGUCGCCGCCUGCGCCAGGCUGAUAAAACUAGUUCUGCUGGCAGAGUAAUAACCAUCAAUAUCGACUCUAAGGACUCAGUUGUCAGAGAUGCCCAGAGUUGGACAGGUAGACCUUCCAAAAUAGAAGACACAAUGUUAAAAGGAGGAGAGAUUCCACCCAGCGAUAUGAAAAUUCCGAGAACCCAAAUGCGACAGAGUCAAAGGAUGGCCAUUCACGAUAAAAAUCCUGGGGCUGCUUUGCACAGUGACAUGGGUGAAACUGUACAAGGCAAGGAAGAGGUGGAAGAAUUGCCUUCGAAGUAUUCGUUGGAGCCUGGGUCUGAUAAGGUGAGAAUGCAUUAUGAGAAUGAUGAAUAUUAG